CUUUCACAUUCAGUCACCGCCGUGAAGUCGCCAGCGAUAGUUCGUCCGCACUCGAGUUAUGUGAAAGUGUUCGCGGACUUUAGUGUUACGGUUUUUUUUUUUGGACAUUGAUAUUGUUUUAUAAAUUUGAUUUUUAUUAUUCGUAGUGUGUUGUUAGUAAUUUUUGUAAAUAUGUUGACCCAAAUUUUAGGGUCGUAUGUUUGUUUGGUUCUUUGACGAACACACAUGAAGAACUAUUGUGGCGUUGAAGAAAACUCGUCGCGUGUGUAAUUCGUUUGACGACUUCGCGAAAAUGUUUUUUAAAAUGAAAUUUUUAUUGGCGGUCGCCUUGUUCGCUGUAGUGACCGCUAAGUUAGACGGCGCGGAACAGUGUACUUGGUCGCCUUACAACAACGACACGGCUAAAACGUCGGUACAGUGCCGUGUGCGGACUCUGACCGCUGACAGCCCGAACCUGUCGGCCGUUCAGUCCGAGGGCACCGUCCGGCUGACGAUCGACUGUAGUGACAAGUUGUUUUUCGAGAGUACGCUGACACCUCGCGCGUUCCGUCCUUUGCACCAGCUCGAAGAACUCGCUUUGGUCAAGUGCAAAUUGUUGGAAAUACCGACGGACGCGUUCGACGGGCUCGGCGGACUCAAGAAGCUAUCCGUGCAGACGGGUAACCUGGAAUGGGGAGCUACCAAAAACCUCAUGGUGGCCCAGGGCGGCUUCAACAGACUCGGCGAACUUCAAUCGCUAGACUUGUCCGAAUCGAAUAUCUACCAAGUGCCCGCUGACGCGUUUUGUGCGUUGAAAAACAUUCAAAACUUGAACGUGUCGCACAACAGCAUCGACGACCUGACAGCACUCGGUUUCUCCGGGCCCGACUGUCCGGGUGGCGCCGACUUAAAGGUGCUGAAUUUGUCGUGGAACAAUUUGCAGUCGCUGCCGGCACGCACCGCCAUCUCUGCCAUGAAGCGCCUGCAGACUGUAUGUUUACAACACAACAGCAUCACAGAAGUAUCCGCUGACAGUUUGUCCACGCUGACGUCGCUAAAAGUGUUCAACGCGUCAUUUAACAAACUGGAAACGUUACCAGAAAACUUAUUUUCGAAAAACCGCGAUUUGCGCGAAGUUUACUUACAAAACAAUGGAUUAUACGAGUUGCCCCGCGGUUUGUUCCAUCGGCUCGAACAAAUGGUCAUAAUCAACCUGAGCAACAAUAAAAUCAGCCAGAUUGACGACGGCCCGUUCGUGGGUCUCAUCCGUUUGGUCGUUCUGGACUUGUCCCGUAACGGAUUGACCAGAAUAAAAUCGAAUUUUUUCAAGGACCUCGUGUUCUUGCAAAUAUUGGAUUUGAGCAACAACAGCAUUAGCAGUAUUGAAGAAAACGCGUUUUUGCCUUUGUACAAUUUACAUACGCUCAAUUUGGCCGAAAAUCGUUUACACACGAUCGGGCCGCGUCUGUUCAAUGGUCUGUACGUUUUAUCAAAACUGACAAUCAACAACAACUUGUUGGUAUCGAUCGACGAGCAGGCGUUUAAGAAUUGUUCUGCUCUUAAAGAACUGGAUCUCAGUUCCAACGCUAUUCAACAAGUGCCGUCGGCGUUAAACGAAUUGUCAUUCCUGAAAACGCUGGAUUUAGGGGAAAAUCAAAUCACAGUUUUCAAUAACAAUUCGUUUAAGAACAUGGAACUUUUGACCGGUCUACGUCUGGUCGACAAUAACAUCGGAAAUUUGACCAUUGGCAUGUUCUCUAAUUUGCCAAACCUACAAGUGCUCAAUUUAUCGAAAAACAAAAUCUACACAAUCGAACGUGGCACGUUUACGCAAAACACGCAGAUACAAGCAAUUCGGUUGGACGCCAAUUACUUAUCCGAUGUCAACGGCGUGUUCGAAUCAUUGUCCAGUUUGCAGUGGAUCAACUUGUCGAAAAACAAUUUAAUUUGGUUCGACUACGCCAUGGUGCCGGCUAACCUUAAGUGGCUGGACUUGCAUGACAACUAUGUACAAGAAUUAGGCGAUUAUUACAAUUUAAAGGACAGACUCAACAUAAACACCAUCGACGCUAGUCACAACCACAUUGCCGAAAUCUCCGAUAGGUCUAUACCCAACAGCGUUGAAGUAUUGUUCCUCAACAAUAAUUUCCUGACAAACAUCAGGCCUAACACUUUUCUGAAAAAAAGAAAUUUAGUUCGUGUCGAUUUGUACGCCAAUGAAUUGACCCGACUGGAUGUAAACGCGCUUCGAUUGGGCGUCGUGCCUAUCAAUCGAUCUUUGCCGGAGUUUUACAUCGGUGNCAUCAACCGAUCUUUGCCGGAAUUUUACAUCGGCGGCAAUCCAUUCGAGUGCGACUGUUCAAUGGACUGGUUACCGACCAUAAACAAUAUGACGCAGCUUCGUCAACACCCUAAAGUCAUGGACCUAGACAACGUGGUGUGCAAGACUACCGAUAGUCGAGGUUCGGAGAUAGUACCCAUCCUGUCGGCUAAUCCAUCACAAUUUUUGUGCAAAUACGAAACUCACUGUUUCACCGUGUGCAAAUGCUGCGAGUACGAUGCCUGCGACUGUGAAAUGACGUGCCCGAGCAACUGUACGUGCUAUCACGAUCAAACGUGGCGCACCAACAUCGUGGAUUGUUCGUACCAGCUAAACAACCCAAAUCCGCCGAAAAUCCCAAUGGAUGCCACGCACGUGUAUUUGGACGGCAACAAUUUCAGCCAGCUGCAAGGGCAUAUAUUUAUCGGCCGAAAAAACAUGGUUCAAUUGUAUUUAAACAACUCUAGAAUCGAGUCCCUGCAAAAUCACACGUUCAACAGACUGAGUUCGCUCCAGGUGUUGCAUUUAGAAGACAACAUGUUGACCGAGCUGAAAGGUUACGAAUUCGAGCAGCUUUAUCAGCUCAGGCAGUUACACUUGCAAAACAAUCGGUUGGUGUACGUCAACAACAUGACGUUCGCACCACUCCGGAAUCUCGAAGUCCUCAAACUGCACGGUAACCGGCUGACGAGCUUUGCUGUGUGGCAGCUCUCCGUCAACCCGUACCUCGUGCAACUGACCAUUGGGAAAAACCCAUGGUCGUGCCGCUGCAAGUUCCUCCAACCUUUCCGCAAUUGGAUAUACGAAAACGGUCCUAAAAUUACCGACGUUUCGGAUGUUACGUGUGUGCCCGACGAAUCGGAUCCCGGACAGAGUCGCGAAAUCGAUUUUAACGACACGGCGUGUAGCGACUUUUACACCGGCGGUUGGGCGCUACGUAACAUGAUGACCAACAGCUACGUGCCAUUACUGGUGUUCUUGUUGAUCGUUUUCAUCGUCGCCCUUGUUUUGUUCGCUGUUCGCGAAAACAUCAAAGUUUGGCUGUACACCAAAUACGGCAUACGCGUGUUCAGCUGCAAACAUUCCGGUAACAAACACUUUUACGAAGACCGCGAGAAGCUCUACGACGGUUAUGUGCUGUACAGCCCCAAGGACGAAGAAUUCGUGUUGCAGUCCGUCGUGGCCGAACUCGAACACGGCAACCCGUCGUAUCAACUAUGCCUGCACUACAGGGACUUGCCUAUCACGUCCAUGUACCACGCAGGAUCGUCGCCGGUGGUCAUCGAGGCGGCCGAAGCCAGUCGCCGCGUUAUUGUGGUGCUGUCCAGGAACUUUAUUCAAACCGAAUGGUCCAGGUACGAAUUCCGAUCGGCCCUACACGAGGCGCUCAAGGGAAAAGUGUAUAAAUUGGUGCUAAUCGAAGAGAACAGUAUCGCGGCCGAAGCGGACGCUGAUCCGGAACUAAGGCCGUACUUAAAAAUCGCCUCGAAAGUUCGUUGGGGCGAAAAACGGUUCUGGGAACGACUGCGGUACUUGAUGCCCAGCAACAAUCACCACAAUAACAAUCACCAUCACCAUAAAGUGUGCAAUUACCGCAAUAAUAUAAACAAUUAUACUAUUGACACUAGGACUCCGGUGGUACCGGCGCACAGGCGACAACCGUCUCCUCAAGACAAGCCGCCACAUCACCGGCAUCAUCACCACAGUCCUAGCUCGUUACCCAGGCCGCAACACCGGCACGAGGAUUCCAACUACUCGACCGCGACGACGGCCACUCCGUCACCCAAAUUAGGCGGCGAGGACCGGCCGUCGUCUGCCGAACACAUAUACUCGGCAAUCGACACGCCACCUCCAUCGGUCCAUCAAUCACCCAGUAGGAUACCGUUCGAGCGCACCAACAGUCGGAGGUCAGCCAAACACCAUCAACAACACCAGCAGAACACUGUACAGGCUUAUCUCGUGUAAAGUAAAAUAUACUUAUUUUUGAUAGAAUAAAACCGAUCGGGUCAAUUUCUAUUUAAAAAAAACGUGUUGGGUUUUUUUUUUUUCAUACAAAAAGAAAAACACUUAAUUAAUGCAAGUACGUGUGCUCAUCAAUAUGUGAUAAUGUUAUAUUAUGCACGACUUUGUAUAAUCUAGAUUAAUCGAGUUCCUAAGUGUGCGUGUCUGGCGAAACGCACACUGCGGUUAAUUCCCUUUGUAACUUUCAUGUCCUUUUUUUGUUUGUUUAACUCUCCUAACGGGCCCGAGUCCCGUUUACGUGUAAAUGUGAUUGUAGACGAACUAUGAUAUGUAAUAUUAAAUAUAUGAAAAAUUGUUAAGUAUAAAAACGGUUCGUACUAACUAUUAAGAAUUUAACGCCAUUUUUCUAGUCAGCUCAAAGUAAGAUAAAAUAUUAAUAAUAAUAGUUAUAUAUUAUAAUAAUUUUUUUUUUGAGCAACCAAAUUUUGUGUGUUACAUUCAUUAAAAAAAAAAAAAAAUAAAAAAUUGUAAAGCCUUGAUUUAAGGCUAGACUGAUUUAGUCUUCAUACCGCUGUUGUUUUACCCCAAACUGAUUUCUAUAAUUUAUGAAAACUAAAUGACAUAUAUUUCGUUAUUAUUUCAUUUUCAUUUUUUUACGUGACGCAGGGCAAUAAUAGUAAAAUAUUACUUUAAAUUUAUGACACAUGAUGUGGGAUAAUUAAAAACCUCCGUGGGUGUUUGUGUUUUUUUUACCUCUUCGCAUACACCGUAUAAUAAUAAUACCGGUUCUAGGCUCUGGCCGUGUAAUAUAUUUUAUUAUAUCUCUCCCUAUUACUGCACUCUCCUAGAACGUUUAGUCUGAUUUUAUUAUUCGGCUGUGUCCGAGAGCGCUAACGUGUACAACUCGAAAGACAGAGAAAUGAGUGAGAUACAAAAAAAAAAAGAACGAACUAAAAAAAAAAAAAGGAGUAAAUAAAAUAUGUGUAUACUUAUACACCUAUUUCUUUUAUUCGGUACACGGAUUACCACUUAGUGUAUUCCGUUGCGUUAUCUGAAAUGGAUUCGGCUUUUUUUGUUCGGUAAGAUAAUAUAACGUUACUUUUUCAGUUUUAAGAAAUAAUAACGUACACGCGGAAUAAAUAUUGUGUACAAAAAAAAAAAAAAA